AUGUCAAUAUCUGCAGCUCGAAAGGAAAAGCGUGUCUGGGAUGGCGAUAAAUCUGUGCUUGUGGUUCUGGUGGGGAAGAGUGUGGUGCUUCCCUGUGUGAACCGCAGACAAUUGUGGACGGACAGUCAGAGGGACGAGGGCCAGCAGCAGGUGGUCCACUGGGACUGGCAGGCACCUGGGGUCACCCGUGACCGAGCAGACCGCCUCAUCGAUAUGUAUGCCUCUGGAGAGAACCGGCAGUACGGGCCACUCUUUCUCCGGGAUAAGAUGAACAUCUCAACUGAUGCCUUCUACCUGGGGGAUUUCUCCCUGAGUGUCCACAACAUUCAGCCCUCUGAUAAAGGCUUGUAUUCCUGCCACCUUCACCAUCACUACUGUGGCUUACAUGAAAGACGAAUCUUCAGGGUGAUCGUCGGCCCUUCUGUCCAGCCUUCGCCUCCAGCGCGCUCCUCUACUGAUGCACCAAAAACUCAUUCUUCUUAUUCCGUCCCACCUGCUGAUGACCCAA